CCAAAUGGUCUCCAAAACAUGAGUGUUCUUAGACAUCUUGAUUUGUCUGCUAACUUUUUCAACUCCACCAUACCUGACUGGCUAUACAGUUUUAGCCAUCUUCAAUUCCUACGCAUGGCAUCCAAUGACUUCCAAGGUAUGAUCUCGAGUGCAAUUGGGAACUUGAGUAAUCUCAUUACCCUUGACCUGUCAAACAAUGAGCUUGCAGGGAUAUUGCCUACAUCCUUAGGAGAUCUUUGCAAUUUGAAAGAAAUUAGAUUGUCAAGUAUCAAGGUUGGUGGCAAUAUAUCGCAAGUUUUAAACAUUUUAUCUGGAUGCACUUUGGAUGGGUUGGAAACUCUUGAUUUAUCAAGCAGUCAACUUUCUGGUCAUUUUCCUGAUGCCAUUGAUCAGCUUAAACAAUCCAAAAAUCUAGUUUUUCUCUAUCUUUCCACAAAUUCUCUUUUUGGUUACAUUCCUGAGUCAUUGGGAGUAUUAUCCUCCUUGAAAGUUUUGGAUAUUUCUUAUAAUAAUUUGAGCGGACCUUUUCCAAAGAGUUUUGGACAACUUGCAAAGCUUGAAUUAUUUUGGAUGACUCAAAAUUCAUUACAAGGUGAUGUAUCUGAAGUUCACUUUGCUAACCUCACAAGAUUGAGAGAAUUUGCUGGGUGCAAAAAUCAUUUGGUUUUGAAAGUGAGACUAGACUGGAUUCCUCCUUUUCAAAUUGAAAUCAUAUCACUGAUUUCAUGGCAAUUAGGGCCACAAUUUCCUCUCUGGCUUCACUCACAAAAGAAUUUAUGGGGUCUAGACAUAUCCAAUACAGGAAUUUCAGAUACCAUUCCUACUUGGUUUUGGAACUUAUCUCCCCAGCUUUACUAUUUAAAUCUCUCUCACAAUCAUAUCCAAGGAGAGAUCAAAAAUAUGCCUCUGGUUUUUCAUGAUUCCUCAGUAAUUGACAUUGGUUCCAACCAUUUCUAUGGUAGAUUACCCCAUCUAUCCUCUCACGUAAGAGCACUAGAUCUCUCCAACAAUUCAUUUUCAGGAACAAUUUUCCAUUUUCUAUGUUAUAGGAUGGAUGAAGAAAAGGAUUUGGUACUUCUUAAUCUUAAGGGGAAUCUUUUAUCAGGAGAAAUUCCUAACUGUGGGAUGAGUUGGGAAAGGUUGGAGUUUAUAAAUUUUGGAAACAACAGGCUCACUGGGAAAAUUCCAAGCUCUAUGGGAUCUCUAAGCCUCCUCAAAUCGUUGCAUCUACGUAACAAUAGCCUUUCUGGAGAAUUACCUCUGUCUCUACAAAAUUGUACAGAUUUAAUGUUUAUUGACUUUGCUGAAAAUAAAUUUUCAGGAAGUAUACCAGCAUGGAUUGGAGAAAGUCUUCCAAAUCUCAAGAUUCUCAUCUUGCGGUCAAACAAGUUUCAUGGAAACAUUCCUAAAACACUUUGUGCACUCAUUUCACUUCAAAUCUUAGAUAUUGCUUGCAACAAUUUGUUGGGAAGUAUACCAAGAUGUUUUAUGAAUUUGAGUGCCAUGACUACACGACAAAACUCAGUUGGUCAAAUGUUAUAUGGCCCUGGUACAUUCAUUGACAACCCUUUCACAGGCGUUUUGGAGAAUGCAUUGAUUGUAAUGAAAGGAGAAUUGGUUGGAUAUAGCACUAUACUUCACUUGGUAAGGUGCAUGGACCUUUCAGACAACAAUCUAUUCCGAGAGAUCCCUAUGGAAUUGAUGAGUCUCCUAGGGCUUCAAUCAUUGAAUUUGUCAUAUAAUCUUUUGACAGGGAGGAUUCCCGAGAAUAUAGGUGCUAUGGGAUUGCUUGAAUCUAUUGAUUUCUCUGUAAACCAUCUUUCUGGUAAAAUCCCACCAAGCAUUUCAAGUCUGACAUUCUUAAGUCACUUGAAUUUGUCUUAUAACAAUUUGAUUGGAGAAAUACCAUCUAGCACUCAGCUUCAGAGCUUCGAUGAAUCUAGCUUCAUGGGCAACAAUUUGUGUGGACCUCCACUUAUGGACAAUUGCAGUGUGAAAAAUGGGACACCUACUUUUGGAAAUAAGAGAGGCAAAGGAGGAGGAGUUGAAGUGGACUGGUUUUAUGUGAGCAUGGCUCUAGGAUUUGUGGUGGGCUUUUGGGGCAUAGUUGGACCUUUUCUGUUCAAUAAAGCAUGGAGAUUUGUGUGCUUCCAGCUUAUGGACAGUAUGUGGUACAAGUUCUAUGAUUUUAUAUGUAUGCGUUGAUAGAUGUUGUCCAUUUUCUUUUCAGUGUAUGGAGCCACAUUAAUAAAGUGUUGUUCUUCAUUUAUCUCUUGGGCUGCUUGUAAAGAUUUCCAAUGAAUAAACUUUAUAUUUUCUUUUAUUUUCACAUUCACUAGAUAUCAAAUACAAUUUUCUCAUAAAAUAAAUUAAAUAUACAAAAAAUAAGAAAAGAGGGAGAGAGACAAUUUCAUUGAACAGGAACCUCCUAAGAGCAUAGCCAUCUGUUUUCUAAAACCAAUUGCUUCCUUCCUAACCAAAGAACCAAUUGGCCAGCGCUAUCACCCAUUCCUUCCCAAAGGAGAAGUCGGAGGUUCGAACCUUGGUGGAGGUAGGGUGUGUGUAAUUGCUUCAAAAAAAAAAAAAAAAAAAAAACCAAACAA